GUAAAGUGGUCGUAAAACUCGACCUCUGUUUGCAAGCGCCAUUUUAGGUGGAUUGUUUACAAACUACAAACAGAGUAAUAUUUUUCCAGCGUCUUGGUCGUCACUUCAAAAAAAAGCCUUAUUGAUGAAGAUUGUACAGUUCUGACGAGUCCCCUCCCUGCCCAGUGACAUAGCCCCCUACCCCCGGGCCGAGAAGCCACCCACCCCCGGGCCGAGACAGAUGUCCAUAAACAGGUCUGCAGGUGCCAACCAUGGUGAAAGCCAGUCACCGUGCCUGACUGCCACGCUGGAUUCUCUGAGGCCUAUUAUAGGAGCAAUGAUACAUGGAUCAGGAAAACGUACAAAGACUUCACACUACAGCGAAGUGAAGUCCCCAUCCACCCCUCGUACCUACACGGAAGUGAAAACUCUCACCUACCACGACAUGUCCCACACUUUCUCAACCAAUACGACAUCAGGUUCCAACUGGGAUAUUGACGGAGGUCUCGCAGCGGACUUUGACGGUUCCUUAUCAGGCUUGGGCACAGAAUUGGGCGCCGCGACCUAUAACAUGAGUGAAGCUCUGCUGGCCCUCCCUGUAUUCAAACAAGAGAACUUGGAUAAUGGGUUUCAGUACAUCCUUGGGGCUGCCACGUCUCCAGCUGUCAAAGUCAACGAGGAAACGUUGACGUAUCUCAAUCAAGGGCAGUCUUACGAAGUGAAGCUGAAGAAGCUAGGAGAUCUCACGGAGUAUGAUGGCUACCUGAGGAGCACCAUACGCGUCUGCUUCCAUGAACGGCGACUGCAAUUUAUGGAGAAAGAGCUGCUGGAUUUCUGGAUUCAGGCUAGGCCAGGGGAGAGAUUUCUGGAUGUAGACAUUCCUCUCUCCUACGGCCUUAUCAACGUCUCGGUGGAACCCGGCAAUCUCAACUCCAUCGACUUCAUCUGGGACCCCUCGAAGGAGACCGGCAUUUACGUGAAGGUCAAUUGCAUCAGCACAGAGUUCACAGCCAAGAAACACGGUGGGGAGAAGGGCGUGCCGUUCCGUCUGCAGGUAGAGACAAUGGAGUCGGAUCACGACGACGCGAAACUGAUCCACUGUGCCUCAAGUCAAAUUAAGGUGUUCAAGCCCAAAGGGGCCGACCGCAAGCACAAGACCGACAGGGAAAAGAUGGAAAAGCGGACAGGAUCGGAAAAAGAAAAGUAUCAGCCCUCCUAUGAAUGUACAGUACUAACGGAGGUACCGAUAGAGCAGGUUAUUCAAGCAAGCUCUACCAGGAAUGGGCUGACCCCCACUGGAUCCUUUGGCAGUCUUGCACAGGCCUUCAAGGAACAGGGGGUUGGCUCCACACCAAAGUCUGCCCCAAAGAUUCCAGCUGGCAUGGAUCAGUGGAGAUGGCCGAACCAACAAUCCUGCUCUCCCACAAAUGGUACAGACGUACAGACGAACAGUCAUGACAAAGGGCGCAGGCCAACCACCCCUCUUGAGAAGAAGUGUGAACCCACGUCCCCGUUCGCGACGGACAGUCUGGCAAAUGAACUGUAUACAAAUUGGAGUCCUCAGCAAAUGUCAGUAAACGCCACAGCCAAAGAAGUACAAGCGUGGCUGAACCACAACCGAUUCACUAACUACACGAGUAUCUUCCAGAACUUUGCAGGUGCGGACAUUCUGCGGUUAACGCGGGAUGACUUGAUACAGAUCUGUGGGCUAGCAGACGGGAUACGUCUUAACAAUGCCCUGCAGUCUCGGACCGUGAGACCAAGAUUAACGUUGUUUAUGUGUAAAGACUCCGACACAGUGUACCAUGCAGUGUAUUUGGAGCAACUCAGCUGCCAGGAACUCAUCCAGAAAAUUGCUGAUCUCAUCAACGUAAACCGAUACUCAGUCAGCGACGUCUUUAUGCAAGGGCCGUCAUUAAUUCGCAUUAAUCUCACAGACGAGGUUGUUCGUAACCUUCAGGACCAAUCACGCUUUUGGGUUGAAAUCUCAAGUGACACUGAAAAUCAGGACUAUGUACGAGUGCUUCUGAAGGGGAUAGAGUAAACUGCGAGAACGUUGAGGGACGUUCCAAAAGUUGAACACUGAGUUGAGAUUUUAUCAAACAAUUACAAUUAUAGGGCUGUCAUGUACCAUGGAACUGUUGUUUGCAUCUCUUUGGGUGUGUCUGCUUGUUAAAGAGUGUGAUUCUGUAACAGUUUUAGAGCGCGGUUUUAUGACUGUUUGUGCAGUUCAGGUGAAACAUGGAAUGGAAAGGCAUAGUUGUUAAAAGAGUGAUUCAGGCCCUUGUGGUUCUGGGCCGUGUGAAGUUAUUCUGGAAAUGGGGCCACAUUAAACUGCAAUGAACAUUCUGCCAUAAGGAGUCCAUGUUUGGCUGGAAGAUUUCACUGUUCUUGUAGCGACGAUUUUUUACUUAAUGUUUUAACUCCAAGCUAUGUCAUUAAAUAAUUUAAUAGGUAUUCGGAGCACAGGAGGAAAUCCCUUUUUUAGC